GUCGUUAAUAGAAUUGAAAUAAAUCGUCCUUGUGGUACGAUAUAUGCACAAAAUAUUCCGCUUCUGUUUUCAAAAUCAAAGAUACAACAAAUUCCAGCAAAUGCAAAGAGAAAAAUAUACGAGAUUGUUUUGAAUGUCGUGCAUGGAUCAUACAACGCAACCAUAACUAUAUUUUUUAUACCAUUAAAUGCCAAAACUAAGAUGGACGAAAAAAAGUUCUUUGUCGGUGAUGAAUCACUCGAAAAGAUUAACACACCUUUAGAAAAUGACAAGAAGAGAACAAAGGACGAUAGAGAUGUCGAUGGAAAAUUUGAAAGGAACUCGCAUAGAAAAAAAAAAACACCAAAUCACCCACACCUUUGU